AUUCUCUGUUCCCCAACUCAUCGUCCUCCCAACGACAACGACAUCCUCGGAGGACAGAAGGUGAGAUGGAAAGCAUGAAAUCCAGGAGGUCCCAGAUCCUCCCGCGGCUGCUAUUGUCGAAGCAACCCCGAUCUUGUUCCAUGAAUGAAUGAUCGAUCCGCCUGUGUCGUGUGCCUUGCAGAUGUGACUUCACAGUGACGUUGAAUGCCCCCGGGUGGACUCUCCGUGCCCAAUAGUGCUCGACAGAAAAGGCUGAGGCUGAGGCUGAAGGAAAUAUAGACCCCUCAAAGGCACGGGAUCUUUGUUGGUGUACUCUGUAUCGAACUCAUUGUGAACAGACCCAAGUUGAAGAGACACUUUGCAUCAACCUUAAGUCCCAACAUCUCUUACAUCUCAAGAUGCCUCGAGGAGCCGAAUUCGACGACGGAAAGCCUCAGUCAGACAACCCCAUCGAGGCCAGACACGACAUCGUCCAUGGAGGCUCGAAGUCCACAUCCGAAGCCGAGCUCUCUGGGCCGAAGAAGGCCGCGCCUCUACCGGAAGGCAUGGACGAGAUGAACGACCGCACCCUCAGCGGCGGAGCAGCCCCGGGACAUCAGAGUGGAAAAGGAGGGAAUGGGCCCAGGACAACAGGGGAGCAUACGGGACUCGGUGCACACAAGGGUUUGGGAACGGCUGAUCCGCAUCCCAUGGAUCUGAAGGAUGAUAAGCAGCCUGGAGGAAGCUGAAAAAGGUAGACAGUGUUGAUCACAGCCUGUCAGGAAAUUAGGGUUACAAAAUAGAAGCCGCUAUUGCCUCUCAAGUUAAUGCAUAGACACGAAAAACAAACACAAUGCUCUAA